UUGUACGAGGGACAACUUAAGGCAUCAUUACGCAGACCUGUCGCGGGAAGUGAGAUAAUAAACGAAACCGAACUUCAGGUGGUGUAACACUGACCGGCUUGAAUGUAGAGACAGAAAAACUCAUCCAAACUCUUCCUAAGACCACCAACUCGAACCAAAGACAGUUAAAAAUAUAAAGGGAGUUUGCCUCUAACAUGGCACAUCAUCACAGGACUUCAGAGCCCCAAAAGCAACAGUUUCGCAGAUACUUGGAAAAAGCUGGUGUGAUUCAAACUCUCACCAAUGCUCUACUAGCACUGAAUGAAGAACGAGAAAAACCAGACAAUGCCCUGGCAUUUGUCAAGCGUUAUUUUGAUGCUCCUGGUGAGACAUCAGCAGACACUGAAGCUUUGCAGCAGGAGGUGUCUGAGUUGAGGCAGAAGUUUGCACGUUUGGUAGCAGAAAACAAGGAGCUUAAAACAAAGCUUCAGCGUUAUGAGCCUGCGUCAGAGGAUGGAGCCAAAUGAUACCACACAUCAGGCUUUUUAUGUCUCAAUACUACACAUUUGUAAAUCUUAUUUUCUGCUUGGUUUCUUAGAAGUUAAAAUAUUAUAUGUACAUUUGUGUUUAAGUUAUUUUGUGGUUGUUCAGUUAUUUUGCAUGAGAAAAGUGUAAUUUUGUUUUAAAGGAUAAGCCAGAUUGUGACACAUUCAGCAUGGGAGUGGUUUUGUGUAUGACCCAAAAAAAAAAACCAAUGCAACAACUGAUGACCUGUUUUUCUUUUCAAUUUAUUUAAGUUCUAAACACACUCUCUCUUAAGAACAAAUAACCCAGUGUGAUAAAGACACAGUAUUUUUGUUUCCAAAGAUAUGUUGUAUGCUAUAAAAACUUCAAAAAUGUAAAUCAUUGGCAAAAUAAAGCCAAGUUUUGUCUUCAA